AUCAACUUCUACUUUUAGAUAUUUUCUUUUCCAACUCUGUAUAUAACAGUAUUAUUACAAUAUCACUUACUAAUUAUAUUGGCUUUGAAUAUGCCGAAAUUUAAGAGUGCGAAGACUCUUACAAAGUUAUGUCACAGAAAUAUUGUGACAAACAUGGACAGAAUUUGGUGUGCGGAUUACAGAGAAAACUAUUUUGAGAAGAACGGCCCAAAAUUUAGCUUCAUUGAUGGACCCUUUAAUGGUUUAGCUUCAAGUUCGGUAAAAGAAAUUCUGAGAUAUUUGGUGAAAUUGAACAGAAUGUCAAAAGUUUAUCUUCAUUUACUAAUUGUGCCAUCAUUAACUGAAAUUGAUUUAAAAGGAGCGGAAAAAUAUGUAACGGACGAUAUAUUGGACUUAAUAUGUGUGAGAUGUAGUGGUUUGACUGAGGUAUUACUCACACACUGCAAGCGUGCAUCACCUGGUGCACUUGUGAAACUUGUACGAACCUUUCAUAACAGUUUAGUAAGACUUUGUCUCACGGGUACCAAGCUGAAUAAUCAAGUUUUGGAGGCAAUAGGUGAAUGCCCCAACUUGGUAUAUCUUCAAAUUGGUAUGACUAAAUUUACAAGACAAGGAAUUGAAAGCAUGUUUUAUAGUGGUAAAAGUAAAAAUGUAACUCCUUUGGGGCAAUCACUGCAAAUUCUAAGAAUGAUGGGAUGUGAGUUUUAUGAAGCCAAGCUUUUUAUUGCCGAUCUUUUGAAGCGUUGUAAAACGUUGAGAUGUGUAACACACUUUGCAUUAUGGGAAAGUAUUGUACAAAUAUGCGAAGAUAAAGAAAAUCCACCACAUCUAAAGCUCACUGGAGUACGAUAUGACAUGGCAAUGGAUCUGUGGAAUCUUCGAGAUCACGCAAACAUUAUACCUCGAAUUCCUAAAUGCUUACCAGAAAUUCAACAUCUGUCAAUUUACAAUGUUGAAACAAUGGAUAUGCCGUUGUUUCAUUUACUUUCGGGGUGUGGUCAAACAUUGCGAUCAUUAAAAUUAGAUUGGGUUUUUCCCUAUGAUUUUAUGUUAUAUGUUGGUUUGCUCUGUCCCAAAUUGGAUACACUAAUGUUAUCUCUCUCUGAAACCCCUUGCGGAAGAUCUUGCUUUUGUGAUGUCAGAAAAGCUUUUGAAGAUUAUAUAUCAGUUAAUAAUCUACCGCUCAAAGGUACAAAACCUUGGUGUAAUCUAAAACAGUUCAGCAUUUAUUGGGGGCCGCCUGAUAUGUACCCGGUCACAGUAAGAGCAACAGCAAUAUUACUUGAUAUUUUUAAAGCUUCUGCACCAACACUGUCUUAUGUGUAUCUUCAUUGGAUGCCGGAUAGAGAUAUUAAUGAUAUGUUAUCUAUUGUUUUGAGAGAAAAAUAUUUUGAGAAUCUAACACAGCUCCAUUUACCAGGAGCAUCUCAUCUAACAAAAAAUACUGUAUGGGAAUUAGUUUAUUUGCCAAAACUCAAGCACAUGGAUGUCACUGGUUGCCGCUUGAUCCAUUUUUCAGAUUAUCUUGAAAUAGGAAGCCAUAUGCAAGAAGCCAAUUACUCAAUCAUUAUGGAACUUGAAGGUUUCUGAAUAUAAAACUGGAAGUGAAAAAUGUUUAAUGCACUAAUUGUAUCGAUGUAAGGGUAUUCAUUUAUUUGAGCUGUACUACCUAGGAACCCCAGUCUUCCAAAUGUUCAAAUCUUGGGAUGAACUGCCAGAGGAAUAGUUGGGAUAAGUUAUUCAACUAUUGUAUAAUCAAAUCUAUUUAUCAUCACUUUUCUUCCUCUUUUGUGUAGUGUAGCAAUUAUAGAAGAAUGAAUGUUGUGUUUUGCGAAGCUAUUUUUAUACCUUUAUGUUUGGUAGAUUGUCAAGUUUAUCUUCAUUGUAAUGUACUGAUUUGUUGCUAUUUUUUUCGAUUUUGCUUUUACUAAUUUUAUUUUAAUAAUCAUGCUUUCCCAAUCAGCACCAUAGUACAAAUAUGUAAGCGUACAAAUACGACUGUGAGGGUACUGAGGCUUGAAGUUUUAAUGAGGAUCAAAUUCUAAAUAAAAAACAUAUGGUCUAUUUAUCCCAUAGUCGAUAAAACACCAUCACAUGAA